CAAAUAUAUAAAUUCCCACAUUUUCCCUCCUCCCUCCACCACACCUAGAAAAAUAAACACCAUUUACUACAACAACAAAAAAAAAAAAACCAAAGAAAAGAAAAAUGAAAAAUAUGUUAUUGUUCUUGUUCUUUUUGUUCUUGCAAUGCAUUGGCAUUUUGGCUCAGGCUCCGGCUCAGGCUCCAGCUCCAGGUCCACCACCUCCAUUAAACGUGACAAAGAUCCUCGACAAAGCAGGCCAAUGUUCAACGUUUAUCCGUCUACUACAGAACACACAACAACUCAACGAAAUCACCUCACAACUCAACAAUUCCAACAAUGGAAUCACAAUGUUUGUCCCCACAGAUAAUGCAUUCUUGAGUAUGAAAGCAGGAACUUUAAAUUCUUUCACUGAUCAACAAAAAGCUGAACUUAUCCAAUUUCAUAUUCUUCCUACAUACUAUUCUUUAACUCAAUUCCAAACUGCAAGCAACCCUUUAAGAACACAAGCUGGAGGAACCAGUAACCGCGAAUUUCCAAUAAAUAUUACUACAACAGGAAGUUCAGUUAAUAUAACAACUGGUAUUGUUAAUGCAAGUGUGUCAAGUACUAUAUAUACUGAUAAUCAAUUAGCUAUAUAUCAAGUUGAUCAAGUUCUUCUUCCAUUGAAAUUCUUUGUACCACCUGCACCAGCUCCUGCUCCGACACCUAUAAAGCCGAAAAAGAAAGCCGGGUCCGCGGAUUCUUCUACUGAACCGGCUGUUUCCUUUGCUACUUCUCUGGUUCCAAACAUGAUCUACAAAACCGGUUUUUUGUUCUUCUUCUUUUCUGUUGUGUUUUCUUGGAGUUUAUGAGGUUAUAAGUCUGUUGUUAGUAUCUGUGUGCAUGUAUGCUUGUGAUUCUUUACGUACAUUUCAUUAAUAUUGAAUUUUGAGUGUUAAGUGGUCUUGUCAUUUUUUUCAAGAAUUGAUCUUGAUUAGUAUUA